AUGAACCAAAUUGAAUUGCGGAUCUACAUGCUUUUCCUGAGCAUAUUGACCGAGUGGGACGAGUUCAAGGAGCUCGAUUUCCAGAGGAUAUAUGACAACAUGCAAAAGCCGGCGUUUGUGUUUGACGGGAGGAACAUGUCAAAAUCCCUAAAACCAGUCGCUUCUUCUUUCAUUUUCCGUCCAGCGCCUCCCCUCCGACAGAGGCUCGCACCCGCGCGGCUCCGUCUAGCGCCAGGGGGGACCGUGGCUCGCUGGGUGCUCGCCGAUUUGCUAGUCUGGGUGGAUUUCUACCGGUUUCGGGCGGCCAUGGCCGGACUUGUUGUAUCGUUGCGGCUUCACGACGGCGAUUCCGGGGUCACCGGGGUUAAUUGUCGCUCUCGUGGGUUGAGGUUCUCCGCCAGGGCAGUCCGGAGCUUUGUCCGGCCUCGACUGCGGUUGCUGGAUUGUGUGGGAGAGGGUGUUAGGCGUGGGCCUCUUGGGGUUGGUUUGUGUGUGCUAUGUGAUUUUAUGUAUUUUCUUUGGGUCUAUUCUCCUGCUGGGAGCAUUUUAGGCUCCUCUAGGAGAUGUCCUCCUACUCAAGGGCUAAAGCCAGCCGUCCUUCUGAAAAGUCCUCGGUACGUGUUCAUCGCCUCGCUCUGCCUUUCAGCAACUAGCUCUAUUCCUGCUUGUCUGACUCUGACGGAUCUCUACCUGCUAUUGAUCUUGGUUCUGGAUCGGUGCAUUAGCAGGAUUAGGCCACCUCUAUCUCGUCGAAUUAAGUAUCUAUCUUAUUUCAUUCUGGUUGCUAGGCCAGGAUCAGUAGCAGCUAUGAAUGCGGCGAUCAGGGCUAUCACUAGUGCCACGGGCUGGUUGGGGGGUUGUGUCCUGAACCCAGUCAGCGGCACAUCUCCGUCAGAUGCGGCUGAACAGCUAGCUCUGCUUACGCGUACAAUAUCAGUGAGAAGUGAUCGUGAUCAUAACUCAUCAGCUGCUGGAACAACGAAAUCAAACUACCGUUGGGCGGCUCUGCGGGCACCAAUCGCUCUUUCUUAUGAGGCCCUUGUGAAUGAUGGUUUGGCAUGGUUUGGAAUCUUCCAGUUGUCUUGGUUAAUAUCAGAUUUAGAUCCCGUGAAGAACCAGCUGUUGUGCUGGUUCAAUAGGUCCAUUGGAAGGAAGUACGAUACAGCUGCCCAUGGUCUGAGCGAGAGAGUAGGCGGGGGCGAAGGGCUUUAG